CAGUAGUGACUCGUCCAUGGUGGUGGGAGGGUGUGGGUGACAGUUACUCGUCUCGCUAGUGUAAGCUUGGCUCCAUACAGCAGAAUAACCAAGUGCAGAACGCUGGUAUCGACCUGCCACUUACCAAGUCCCCCAAGCAUCGCUAAAUUGGUAACUGACGUUGAUAGGGCACGAUGGCUGCAAUCCUGAAGGGGAUCCGUGCAGCCUUUGGUGACGUGGAAAUGGCACCAUAUACUGUAGUGGCUGAGAGAGAUAGCUAUGAAGAAAGAAUAUACCCAGCACGGAAGUGGGCAUGUACAACAAUGAAGGGCUUGAAUAGAGAUGAGCUAAUUAGUCCCAUGUUCCGUGCUCUCUUUAAUUACAUAUCUGGCAAGAAUGAUCCUAACAUAAGAAUUGACAUGACCUCACCUGUGACUACGUAUGUGGAACCUGGUGCAGGACCAGACAGCGAAUCUACCUUUACUAUGGGAUUCUUGGUGCCAGAGGAAUAUCAGCAAUGCCCACCACAAAUAGCCGACAAAACUAUCUUCUUUGAAGAUCGUCCAGAAUUGACUGUUCUUACAAGGCGUUUUGGAGGAUAUGCAAAUGAUGAGAUUAUAUUAAAGGAGGUUAAAGAACUAGCUGAGGCAAUCAAGAAAAGUGGAGAAAUUGGAGUGAACUUCGAUCAAUAUUACAUUGUCGGAUAUGAUCCACCCUUCAAAUUAUUUAGCAGACGCAAUGAAAUCUGGUUUAUAAAGACAAAAGAUAAUUUUGAAAGUAAAGAAGAAAAUGAUUCAACCAGGAAUGAAGAGAACAAGAAUCGGGAAACAAAUGGUUCUCUCAUUAAAGAUUGUGAUGCAGAGCAAGAUCAAAAGACUGAAGUACAUUAAUGAAAGUAAAACAAGAAUAAGAUGUUGUACAGCAGGAAGCAGAAGGUCCUCUGUAUAAUAUUUGGAUAACUAAGUAUAGUAAAUAUAAAGGAUCAAAAUUGUCCUUGAACAGUUUCUUGUUAUAAAUUAUUGGAAAUAUAUACAGUUCUGUAAAUAAUUGUUAUUAAGGGUUCAGAUGUAGAGAGACACUUAAUGUUAGGUGUAUUGAUGUAAAUAUUUUUCCAUAGCUAUGAUUCUAGUGGCCUUGUAGCCUGUUAAGGUAGUCGCUGUUUUAAAAUAAAUAUUUUCUCCCUAAAAUUGCCAUGUUAUAUAUUAUACUAGUGUAUAAACAGUAUGCAGAUUAAUUUUACUAAAGCUAAAGAAAAAUUCUAGUUACCACAUACUUUUUUGCGAGCCUUACAUGUGUGAUGGUUAAAACAGCAUUUUUAUUAUUAUUAUUAUUAUUAUUAUUUAAAGAAAUGCAUACUAGUGUGGUAGAUGGGGAAAUUUAUGCAAAACACCUCCAUAGAGCCACUGAGAAAACAUCAUAUUGGAUAUGAAUGACUAAAUGCAAUUUUGCUUUCUGCUUUAACAUUAACUACGUUUAAUAAAAUACAAUACUUCAGCUUUGCAGCUUACCUGUACGUAAUUCACCAAUUGUAAUUCUUCCGCGUUUCAUGGUGGUGGUGAAUUCAGUGUACAUGGUUUAAAUUUUGUGAUUGAAGUGUUUUAACUUUGGCAUUGCAUAGGAUUUUAUAGAGGCAUUAAUGAUUCAACAAAGUUUACUGCACUGAACAUUGCAUAAAGAGCUUCCUUCUUCCAAAAUCCAAGCAUAUUCGAUUGUGAAUAAUGUGUAAAGAACAUUUAAUUUAUAAAUGGGGGAACUAUGGCUACAUGGAAUUGAUAAGCUCU